UCACGUGACUCUGUUGGCACUGCGCAUGCGUGUAGGAUAUGUGGGCGAACUGGAGUGAAACAUAUGAACUUUGCCAUGAUCUUGCGCACUGUUAUACAGAGACGAGGCUUAUUCUUGCCUUUUGUGUAUAAUUUACAACGGCGAGCUAUAACAGUCCAGAACCUCUGCCUGUCUUCACACAAUGAUGAAGUUCACCUGGCGGAGGAAGCCAGCAAGAAAUAUGGAAGUCCUACUCCGACUAUAUUUUCCAAAAUUAUUGACAAAACAAUUCCUGCAGACAUAAUUUACGAAGAUAACAAGUGUUUAGCAUUUCGGGACAUCAGUCCCCAGGCUCCCGUGCAUUUCCUGGUUAUUCCCAGAACUCCUAUCCCAAGGAUAAGUGAAGCUCAUGAUGACGAUGCACCGCUCCUUGGACAUCUCUUGGUAGUAGCAAAAAACCUGGCGAAGAAAGAAGGAUUAAGUGAGGGAUACAGAUUGGUCAUCAACGAGGGGAAACAUGGGGCUCAGUCUGUGUAUCACCUGCACCUUCAUGUCCUUGGAGGGCGACAGAUGCAGUGGCCUCCAGGAUAGAUGACCACUCCAUCUAUUAGUAUAACCGUGAAGAGGACAUAUAUUCAAUUUACAUAAAUAGCUAGUUACAGCAUAUCAAAAAUAAUAGAAAUGAUAAGAUAAAGAAUGAGGCAAGCAAUAUGGUUUGUUUGUUUUGUUUUUUUCUUCUGAGAAACAAACAGAAAUGAUUGUCCAAAAUAACACAGUAAUAAUAAAGUAAAUAUAUUUUUAAA